AUGAUUGAUCAAUCAUUAGUAUUAUUUCCUACAAUAAUAACUACUAAUAGAGAAACUAAUGAAAAUCUUCAACAAUUAUAUGAAACAACGAAUAUUCUAUUGAAUGAACCUUGUCGAAUAUGCAAUCUUAUUUUACGAGAUCCUGUACAACUUAAAUGUGGUCAUCGUCAAUCUGAUGCACAAUCUGAACGACAAACAUCAAUCUAUUCACCACCAUUUCAUUCGUCGCAAAGUGGCUAUAAAAUGAGAGCUCGUUUAUAUUUAAAUGGUGAUGGAAAUGCUCGUCGUACACAUAUUUCACUCUUUUUUAUACUCAUGCGAAGUGAAUACGAUGCCAUUCUCAGAUUUCCAUUCAAUUACAAGGUAACAUUUUGCUUAUACGAUCAAACUCCAACAGAACAGCAUAUCAUCGAUUCAUUUCAACCAGAUAUCAAAUCAAAUAGUUUUCAACAUCCACGAUCUGAAAUGAAUAUUGCCAGUGGCAUUCCAAAACUUUGUCCAUUAUCAACAAUUCAAUAG